CGCCCUCCCAGCCUCCUGUGCGAGCAUGGCCUUGCUUUGGCUGGCGGUGUUUCUGACGCCUGCCUCCUGUCUGGUGCGCCCGGACCAGGAUGGCCACCAUUCCAAGCUCCAGGUGCUGUCAGCAGAUCCAAAGUCACCGAUUGAGAACUUCAGGAUGCAGGCGACAAGCAAAACGCUUUUCUGGGAUGUCACUGGAAAUGUUUCUAACAUUGAAUGCUCCAAAAACUCCAAUUACCCCACAAAGGCACAAAACAAUCAUUCUUGCAAGUUUCAUGUCCUUCCCAAGUGUGAACUGUCAAACUACACUGUGACCGUCACGACGGCCAGUGGGGAUUCGUUUUCCACGUGGAUGCAGUACCCUGUGCAAGAAGGGAGCCCUGGGGCUGCCGCCCGAGGCCUGAAGUGCCGGGUUCACGACGUGGAUUUCCUGACGUGCAGCUGGGAGGUGGGCACGGAGGCCCCCGGCGAUGCCCAAUAUCAUGCUUACUUGGAGGCUGUGACCAGAAGUGAAAAGACGUGGGAGUGUCCACAUUACGGCGCCAAUGAGCUGGGGACACGCAUCCAGUGUCAGUUCAAGGACAUCUCUGCGUUUGCCAAUGUCCAAUACCGUUUCCUGGUGAACGGCACCAGCACAGAGUCCAGAAUUCCCUGCUCUGAAUUUAUCACCUACUUAUCACAUAUUGAGGCGUUGAGUCCGCCGAACAUGACUGUAAGCUGUAAUAAGUCCCAUUCUGUCAUGGAAUGGAAAAUGUCAAGCCGCUUCUACAACAUGUUUCAGUAUGAACUCGAAAUACAAAAGGGCACCGAUCGUCCGUACAUACACAGGGAGGACUCGAAAACCUCCUUGGUUCUAAGCAAUCCCGGAGCCUACACGGUGCGGAUUAGAGCCCGAGUGAGGUUCUACCAGAGCAGCCCGUGGAGCGCCUCCCAGAGCGUUGUGUGUCACCAAGAGGAGGACGCGGACCUUCACUUCUGGCUCACUCCGUUGGUGAUCGCGCUGGUCACGCUGCUCUUCGUGGGGUGCGCGCUUUUCCUGUGCAAAAGGUACUCGGUGCUGCAGAAGCUCUUCCCCCCGAUCCCGCACAUGAAAGACCCCCUCAGUGACAACAUGCACAGCGAGAGAAUGUUGGCCUGGGAGAGCGACAGAGCCGGGCAGGAGGAGUGUCCAGUGGCCAAGGUGCACGUUUUGGAAGAAAAAUGAAGCUGGACGUCAUUCCCCCCACCCAGGCCUGGCGCCCGCACAGCCUGGUGGCGUUUGGAUGAAUGGAUGUUUGUAAUGCGGCAGGGGUGGGGGUGGGGAUGGCGGGGGACGAACUCAAAUGCCGUUUUCAGGAGCUGCCAUAGGGAGGAAAAAACCUCAAUAAAGGGCUUUGUCAACCUGC